AUGAAGAAGGGCGGCACGGAUGGUGCAGAGAUCCGAAAAUUACAGAAGGAUGGGUUCUAUCGAGUUGACCUUGGAGAAACAAAAAUUCCCGAAGGCCUUAUUACAGGAGAUAUUUCUGCAAUGAUUGACACUCCAAGACACAGCCCGACAUGGACGAUCAUACAUGCAGGAGGUGCUCGAGGAUGGGUUCCAUGGAAUUACAAGCUAUUUCUCCACGAGGAGCAGACAAAAUACCAGCCUUCUAGAGAGAAUUUUCACGAUCUAUGUUCCAUCCUGAGAGACAGCUAUGGAAAAUGCUUGAUCAUGACCAAUGCACAAAGCUGGAAGGCAGCUGACUACAGUGACUUUAAUGCUUCCAGCGCUUUCCAGCACCAACCCUCAUCACCACUCAAGCUGCUAUCCAUGGUGUGCUGCCCAAAUGUUGCUCAGGACUAUGGCCAUGAGCUUCUGCAUCUUCCAGCCCGAUGUGCAUAUCUUAGCCCACUCGCCAGCGCCUGGUGGACUGUCAAAUGGUUCAUCUCCAAUAACAGGGUGAGGUAUAGUGAAGAAGUGCACAACAAAGAUACAGUACACAAAUACAUAUUCUGCAUAGACCUGAUAGAUGAUUCACUGAAAAGCAUGACAAAGAAGAAAUGGAAAGAUGCGGUGUCCAGGGUACGGAAGACUGAAGACCAUUACCUGAAAGAACACUUGUAA